AUGCCCAGGCUCGGCCUCGGCACGUUCAAGAUUCGCGGCGAGGACGCGACGCGGUCGACGCUCGACGCCCUGCGAAGCGGAUGCCGCCACAUCGACACCGCGUCGUGCUACCGCAACGAGGAGGAGGUCCGGCUGGGAAUCAAAAUCUGGAGGAGCGAAGCGGCUGCGGAUGCGGACGGACGCGAAGGGAAUGAAGCGAACGACGACGACGUUUUCAUCACGAGCAAGCUGGCUCCGAACGAGAUGGGCGAGACGCGCGUCCACGCCGCCCUCGACGGCGUGUACGAGCGCCUGGGACGCGGGAUUCGUUCGAGCCCCGGGGAACCACGCGUUCCACCGCUGGACCUGGCGCUCGUUCACUGGCCGGGGAUGGCGAGGACGCCGCCGGAUUCCCCCGCGAAUCGGACCGCGCGGGCGGAGACGUGGCGCGCCCUCGAGGACGCCCUCGCCGCCCGCACCGUCCGCGCCAUCGGCGUGAGCAACUACACGCGAACGCACCUCCUCGAGAUGCGCGACUACGCGCGAGUCAUCCCCGCCGUGAACCAAGUCGAGUUUCAUCCCCGGUGUCAACAGCGCGAGCUCCGGCGGACGUGCGAGGCGCUCGGCGUCGGGAUCGUGGCGUACUCCCCGCUGGGAUGCGGCGAGCUGCUCAAAGACCCUCGGGUGUCGAGAGCGGCGGAGUUACUGGCGGAGGCGAGCGGUGACACAGCUGUGACGCCGGCGCGAGCGCUCAUCGCGUGGUCGCUUCGGCAGACCGGGAUCGUCGCGUCAAUCGUCAAAUCGUCAAAUGGCGAUCGCGUAGCCCACAACGUGGGCCGCGAGGGGUAUAAGCGCGCGGCGGCGCUGGCGGAGGCGAGCGGCACAGCUGUCGACGCCGCGUUCCGCGAGUUGGACGGCAUGGACGACGGGACGCACUUCUGUUGGGACCCGACCGUCGUUCGAUGA